GAGAAACAGUUUGGCUAUGGUGUUUAUUGUCGGGGUGACUGGCUGACAAACAAAGUUGUUAUUUUAUUAACUAAAUCCUGGCUGACUGCUUAUGUUAUUUACUGACUGGCUGACUAAGCUACUUGCUAUUUUAUUCCCUGACUAGCUGUUUUAGUCAUAUGCAGGCUUACUAUUUUGCUCACUGGCUGGGAGUGGCAUCAUCAUUGCCCCCCAGGCUUUGUGAUUGUUUGAAUUUGGAGGAGUUGUGAUGAAGAAGAAGAGAGGCUCCACAUAAAAAAAACUCAAAGAAGAAAGAACAAGAAACAAGAAGCAGCAGAGAGAAAAGAGGAAACAAAUUGGGGAUUAGGGAGCUAAAGGAGGGGAGAUUGUUGAGGAAGGAAGGGUGACAAGAAGAGGAGUGGCAGCGGAGAGAGAAAAAGAUAGAGCGGAAAGAGAAAGAAGGGCAGGAGAGUGGAUGCGACCCACUCCCUGUGAUGCUGUGCUGGCUGAGAGAAGACGAGAUGUCAGUCCAGGAGCUGCUACAGAGGGUACAGUGUGUCAUCACUCAUGUCGAUGAGAUAAUGCAGCAGGAGAUCAGGCCCCUGCUGGCUGUGGACAUCAUAGAGCAGCUUCAUCGCCAGUUUGCCUUGCUCUCAGGAGGCCGAGGAAAAGAUGGCUCCCCCAUCAUCAUCUUCCCAGAGUACUCAGGCUUUAGCGAAGUGGCCGAGGAAGACUUCCUCAAUGUUGUUACUUACUUGACCAGCGUACCCAGCUUGGAUGCUGCAAGUGUUGGCUUCAUUAUCAUUAUUGACCGGCGGAAGGACAAAUGGAGCUCAGUGAAGGCCUCUCUGUCCAGGAUUGCUGGAGCGUUUCCAGGAAAUCUGCAGCUGGUGUUGGUGCUGAGGCCGUCCAGGUUCUUCCAGAGGGCUAUAGCAGACAUUGGGAUCAAGCUACACAAGGAUGACUUUAAAAUGAAGGUACCGAUUGUGAUGCUGAACUCUCUGUUGGACCUGCAUGGCUACGUAGAUAAAAGCCAGUUAACCCCGGAGCUAGGAGGAAGCCUGGAGUACUGUCACAGUCAGUGGAUACACCACCGAACUGCUGUAGAGAACUUUGCCAUGACAGUGAAAACCACAGCACAGAUGUUACAGAAGUUUGGGACAGACCUGGCAGAGACAGAGCUGCCCAAUGACGGCCAGUGCACCAAAGAACUGCUCACAGCCCACACUGACAAACACAACAACCUCAAGGAUGAACUGAAGCUAGCUUUGAAGCAGGGCACCACCUUGUUAGAUUGUAUCAAGGAGCAGGCAGCCAAGUCAGAGAACCACAAACUCAACCCAGAUGAAAUGGAGAACCAAACAACUGUAGAAAAGCUCAUAGCCCAGCUGGAUGAGACAGAGAACGCCUUUGAACAAUUCUGGUGUAGACACCAUCUGAAACUUGAGCAGUGUCUGCAGCUACGCCACUAUGAACAAGACUUCAGAGAGGUGAAAGUGUCUCUAGACAGUUUGAUGGACAGUCUAACCAGCCUAUCAGAUACAGGGGAUUGUGUGGCCAGACUUGAACACCUGCUAAAGGACCUGAAGAAAUUGGAGGAGAAAGCUCUGCCCACACUAGAAAAGGCCCAGCUCCAUGCAUUUCACGGUGACCAGCUGAUCCAGAGUAACCACUACGCUGUGGACUCUAUUCGACCCAAAUGUGUGGAGCUACGGCGGGUCUGUGAUGACUUCAGCAACGAAUCAAAAAAAAAGAAGGAUGUUUUGUCAAAAUCGCUGCAGAUACGCAUUGGCAUUGAUAAGGUAACCCAGUGGUGUGAGUCUGGCAUCUACCUGCUGGCUUUCCAGGCUGUGGAUAAGUGUCAGUCACAGGAAGGGGCAGAAUCAGCACUGAUUGACAUUGAACACUUUCUGGAGUCUGCAGAACAGAACCAACUGACUGAAUUGAGGCACCUUCACAACCUGUAUGAAAUUGUCCUGUCCGAGGAUAUCAAGGCCAAUGUCCUGAAGGCACUGAAGCGCCUGGAGGACGUUCAGGAGAUGUUUCAGAAGCGACAUGUCAGUCUGAAGAGGCUGUCAGCUAAACAGACAAGGCCCGUCCAGCCUGUUGCCCCCCGGCCUGAGUCUUCUCCCAAACGGCCUUUACUGAAGAACCCACCAAGGACGACUGGGAGCCAGCAGUCUUUGGCUCGCAAAGCUUCGGAUAAUUCUAACAGUGGCAAGCAGCCAGCAGAAGCUGAUCCCAACAAGAAGAAGAACAUACACAAGGCCAAAGGAGGCAUCAAGAUUGAGGUGAUGCAUGAGAAAAGCCAAGGAGGUUCCACCCAUGUUGUUGUGCCCAAUGAGACGGAGGAGAGUCUCUCCAACAGACGCAGACAUAUCAUGACUGAGCUAAUUGAAACAGAGAAGCUAUAUGUGGAGGAACUCCAAAGCAUCAUGGAGGGUUAUUUUGCAGAGCUGGAUAACUCAGAGCUCAGCCACCUCAUCCCCUUGUCCGUUGGGAACAGAAGGGAUGUGCUGUUUGGCAACCUGCCAGAGAUAUAUGAAUUUCACAACAGGACAUUUCUGAGAGAGCUGGAGAACUGUGCAGAGAAUCCAGAGCUGGUGGGAACCUGUUUUCUGAAAAGGAAAGAAGAGCUUCAGGUGUAUGAGAAGUACUGUCAGAAUAAACCCCGCUCUGAAGUCCUCUGGAGACAGUGUGGAGAAAGCCUCUUUUUUCAGGAAUGCCAGAAGAAACUGGACCACAAAUUGUCUCUGGAUGCCUACCUGCUAAAGCCUGUCCAGAGGAUCACCAAAUACCAACUCAUGCUCAGGGAGAUGUUAAAAUGCAGUAAGGGGGAGGGUACGGCUGAGUUGGAAGAGGCUUUAACCACUAUGCUGGACAUCAUCAAGUCUGUCAAUGACUCCAUGCACCAGAUAGCCAUUACAGGCUUUGAGGGAAACUUGAGUGACCUCGGGAAGCUGCUGAUGCAGGGAUCCUUUAAUGUGUGGACUGAUCACAAGAAAGGCCACAGCAAGGUGAAGGACUUGGCCAGGUUUAAGCCUAUGCAGAGACACCUGUUCCUGUAUGAAAAGAUGAUGUUGUUUUGUAAGAAACGAGAGGAGACCACAGAUGGACACGAGAAAACCCCCUCCUACAGCUUCAAACACUCUGUCAAGAUGAGUGCUGUGGGGAUCACAGAGAACGUCAAAGGGGACAUCAAAAAGUUUGAGGUGUGGUACAAUGGCAGAGAGGAGGUUUACAUCAUACAGGCUCCUUCCAUGGAUGUGAAAAAUAUGUGGGUGUCAGAGAUUCGUAAAGUACUUACAGGCCAGCUAGAGGCAUGCAGAGAAGCCAGCCAGAUCAACACAUAUGGGGUCCCCAUGAGGAAUGUGCGUAAGAUGGUGCUGAGACAAUCCGAUUCAUCGAGUCCAGAGUCAGGCUUCAGGAGAACCAACCCUAGCCCUAAUAUGAGGCAGAAGAGAGAGCCUGCUGUUAAGGAGGCAGUGGUCCCCCGCCGCUUCUCUCUUGCCUCCUCUUCCUCCUUCGCCACACGACGCACAAAAGGUACACUGUCUGCUAAUGUAAAGAGCAAGAGACAUGAGAUAAAGAGUGAUCCCACUCCAUUUGGUUAUGAAGAUACUUUGCAUGGUGCUUUGGCUGCAGUCAGGAAACGUCAGAGCACGACUAGCAGCACAGCAACUGCUGCUGGUGGUACCCCAGCUGUCCCUAGAUCCACCUCCCAACCAGGCUGGGCCCAGCAGCGACUCCCUUCCAUGGACACAGACGACUUUGAGCCAAUCCCCUCCAGUGCGGAGGAAUCUUCCAACUCUUCAGAAGAGGAAGGCCACAAAAAAAAUGAUGACAGUGGUCAUUUCCCGGUGCAGCUUACCUAUGAGUCCCGUGAAGCGCGAGACCUCUCCAAGACGGGUGACCUGGUCCAGUUUCUGAAGGAAGCACAAAGUGGACAAUGGUGAGUUCCAGUUGGCUUCACCAAGAACGUAGGAAGUCCGC